AUCAGUUUUAUUAAUCACCAUUUUGCGACAUGAUUUAGGCUGUUAAGCUAUACUAUUAUGAGAUAUGGCUUCAAACCAUGCACUAUUCCUGGAAGAGCCCAAAACUGCCAAUAAUAAUAAUGAUGGCAAUGGUGAUUUAGAGCAGCACCAAGAGAAGAAGAGUGAGAUGGGCGGCGGCGCGGCGGGCGGGUUCGAUUAUGCGAAGCGGGCCCCGUGGCUUCGGGCGGCGGUUCUCGGAGCUAACGACGGUUUGGUUUCCACGGCCUCGUUGAUGAUGGGUGUCGGAGCGGUUAAGCAGGACAUCAAGGCCAUGAUCCUGACGGGGUUUGCCGGCAUGGUGGCCGGAGCAUGUUCGAUGGCCAUCGGAGAGUUUGUCUCCGUCUACUCUCAGCGAGACAUGGAGGUUGCUCAAAUGAAGAGGAGCAAGACAAGAAGGCCGCCACCGCCGCCGGAGGAGGAGAACGGUGGUGGCAACAACGACGUGGUGCUGGCAAAUCCCAUGCAAGCGGCAGCGGCAUCGGUGGUCGCCUUUGUAAUGGGAGCAAUGGUGCCGCUGCUGGCGGCGUCGUUCAUAAAGGGGUACAAGGUGAGGGUUGGGGCGGUGGUCGGGGCUGUCACUGCCGCUCUGGUGGCUUUUGGGUGGCUGGGUGCGGCACUUGGUGGCGCUCCCAGGGUUAGAGCUUCGGCGAGGGUUUUGCUUGGAGGAUGGCUGGCCAUGGCUAUAACAUCCGGAUUAACAAAGCUGAUUGGUUUAAAAGGCGAAUAAUACCAGAAAAAUUCACACAACAAAUCUCAGAAAAUCAUGCAAAAAACCCACCAAGUUUGCCCUACAAAUGACAAUCGCACAUGAUUUUAUACUUACAAGGUCUGUACCAGACGAUUAUUGUCUGUAUAAAUCAUCUCUGAUUGUUUCUUCAUGAGUUCGACCAACAAGUCCAAUGACGACACUAACAUUGACACUAUAAGCGACAAUCAUGCACAAAAGGUCAUUGUCAGUAAGAUAUUAUUGUAUGUGAAACUCUAAUAGUGUUAACCUUGCUGUCAUCCGUGGUAUGAGACUAGCAUCACCCUUCAAAACCGUAAGAUGAAGAUCAAACGGCUCACCGAGCAAGUCUGCAACAAGCUAGAGUGAUUC